AUGAGGCCCUCCUUGUGCAUUUUUCUUUCGACAUAUUUAGGCCUCAACGUUGCCUCACCAGACGCCAGUGUCUUCAUCUUUCAAAGAGAUAAUCCUCUGGCUCUGCAUGAUACUCCUGAACUAUCGCUCGAUCAGAGUAGACUUAUUCUUGCACAACGCUUAGACAUCUCUCAGUAUUAUAAACUACAAGAUUACAAUGAGCUCUCCCUUUCUCAUAUCAAUCGUUUUGGAAGUAAACAACAACCAAUAUUUGAUAGAAAUUUGCACAAUAUACCAGAGCUUGUUCUAGUGGUUGAAGGUGUAUCAUCAAAGAUUUCUCAAUUCAUAUCGGACGCGAUCUCUCCAAUAAGUCCGAAUUUCACUAUUGUAGCUGGAACAGCUUUAUCUGAAAAAAGAUCACUCAUUUCUGAAUUACAGGCUCAAGCUGGUAAAUUGGGAACUAGUUGCAGCCUCGAAAAUGUAAUUAAUCCAUCCGACAAGUCUUGUUGGUUUAGGGACCAAAUCAUGAUGCGUUUCAACUUAAACAAUGAAAAGGAUGGUAUGUCAAGGCUAAUAAACGCCCAAAAUCGGAUAAAGCAACUUUCCAAAAAAGGCGAGAUGAAUGUUGCAAUUGUUUUGUUUCCCGAAGUUUCUGGCGCGCAGAGGUCUUCUGAAAACGCCGAUGAUGAAGAUGAAAAUCCUGCUCGAAAAAGGCAGCAUAAAGAGGAACCCUUGAUAUACUCUCCGCCAGUGGUCUCCUCUAUAAAGCAGUUACAGUCUUCUCGCUCAAAAGAUAAACCUAUGAAAGGUAUCCCCCAACUCUGUCACAAAUCUCUCGACCUGUGUGUAAGCUCCACCAACAACUGCACUGGUCACGGCGAAUGCUUCAAAAAAUACGGAGAUCGCGACAAAGGGGAUUGCUACACAUGCGGAUGUCGAGCCACCAACGAUACCGUGACAUGGGCUCAGGGAACAAAAAAGGGUUGGAAGAUCACAUACUGGGGUGGUUCUGCCUGCCACAAAAAGGAUAUCAGCGGUGCUUUCUGGCUAAUCUCGGUGUUCAGUGUUACAGCCAUAGCAGUGGUUGGUUGGGGUAUCGGUAUGCUAUUUAGUAUCGGGGCAGAGAGCCUUCCAGGUGUUAUUGGUGCAGGUGUUUCAAGUAAGCCAAGAUCAAACUGA